GUAAGAGGGAAUGGGGAAAGUGAUUGUCCCUGGCAAGCAUGGGGACUAGGCCAAAAUGGCCAGACUCGGACCGAAAGAUCGAAUUGGGCUUAAGAUAUUUGGCCCGAAAGUAAAAAAGUACCAGCCCGAGUCGAUAAAAACAAGCCCGAAAAAAUUUCCUCGACCGUCGGCCCGACUUGAAACUGCAACCGUAGUUGUGACCUUCUAGGAGUUAUUUCUAGGCUGUUUCGUAUAGGUGCUCUACCGACUGAGCUAUUCAAUAUUUUACUCCAAUUGUAAAUUAAAUUUACAAAAAUUCUCACAAUUUCUCCAAAAAUUAAUUAUUUAAUCCGAACAAAUUAAAAUUUCUUUUGUUUUAACGCCCUCUCUUUUUAUUUCAAGUUUUUAUGGUUCCCAAACAUCAAUGGCCGCUGCAGCAGUUGUGGCAGCAGCAUCAGUUUCAGCAAUCCCUUCAUGUUCUGCAUCCUCUACAGUUUCCUCUUCUUCACAUUUUUUGGAUAAUUCUUCCUCUCUUUUAUUAAAUAACUCUUCUUCUUCUCCUCCUCCUUCAACAACCACAAAAUCUUUAAAUGUUCAAACAUUUCCGUGGAUGAAAAUGAAUGGACUUAGAGGUUGCAGUGACGGGAAACGUACAAGACAAACAUAUUCUCGUACACAAACUUUGGAACUUGAAAAAGAAUUUCAUUUUAACAAAUAUUUGACGAGAAAAAGACGACAAGAGAUCUCAGAAGCUUUACAAUUGACCGAAAGACAGGUCAAAAUUUGGUUCCAAAACAGACGAAUGAAACAAAAGAUCAUCAAUUCUGGUGGGCAUCGUAUCGGCUUCGCCUUCAAGACGACCAACCCUCGCCGUCUGAACAUGGACCCGCCCAACGGUGUGCUCGACCCGAAGGAGGCCAUCAACAUCGCCAUCUCUUGCGACGCCUUCGAUCCGGCUGCGGAAGCGACCAACAACGACCGUGUCACUGUCGAAUGGACCAACACCCCGGAAGGAGCAGCCAAGCAAUUCCGCCGCGAGUGGUUCCAGGGUGACGGUAUGAAAGAAAUAAAAUGUACGGAUUACGGCGCCACUGAAAGUGCUGGAGAAGAGGAGGAUCGAAUAGAAAGAAAUGUUCCAAUGACGUUGAUGAUGGAAGAUAAAAAUAAUUUAAACCUUUGCCAUUUACGGAGCAAUGGAAUUGGUCAUUCGCUUUGA